UCUUGCGGCAGCGAAUGCGAGAGGGGCGCGCGCCAAUGUAGCCAGCAGCGCGCGGCGGGAGGUGGCGGCUACAUUUCCCCCCUUUUUUGCAACAUUGUUGCCGAGCCAGAGGUUGGGGGAGGGGGAUCUGCCCCUCCCGCUGCAGCCCCCCUCCCUAAAAUAUACAAAAAAAUUAAAAAGCCCAGCCUUUUCCUCGCACAGGAAGCAGCUGGGUCCCUGGAUCUCGGGGGCUGGUGGCGGUGCUGAAUCCAGGGCCUUCCCCCCCCUCCCUCUGGGUUGCACAUCCACACUCACUCACGCACACGCACUCACUCACACACACACCGGCUCCCCUCUUCUUCUUCGCCACCAUCGCCUCCUCCUCCUCCCCCCGCCUCCCAGCCCGGGGCCCAUCUUCGCCUCCGGAACCGAUUGCAACCCGGGGAAGACAAGGGGGCGAUUGCUCCUCCGCCCUUUGCAAACCCACCCGCCCCCCGGCCCGGGGGUUUGGAGGCUGGGGAAGGAACGGGGCCGGGAGAAGGCCGGGGAGGGCGGGGGGCCGCUUGCGAAGGACUCGGAGACGGGAAGGGGAGGGCUGCGCCCGAUGGCUCGACCGAGGCCCCGCGAAUACAAAGCCGGAGACCUGGUUUUUGCCAAAAUGAAAGGCUACCCGCACUGGCCGGCCAGGAUCGACGAACUCCCUGAGGGAGCUGUGAAGCCACCAGCAAACAAGUAUCCUAUCUUCUUUUUUGGGACUCACGAAACCGCGUUCUUGGGGCCAAAAGACCUCUUCCCAUACAAAGAAUAUAAAGACAAGUUUGGGAAGUCAAACAAGCGAAAAGGAUUUAAUGAAGGCCUGUGGGAAAUAGAAAAUAACCCUGGUGUCAAGUUUACCGGAUACCAGGCAAUUCAGCAACAGAGCUCGUCAGAGACUGAGGGCGAAGGGGGGAAUACAGCGGAUGCCAGCAGUGAAGAGGAAGGGGACCGGGUGGAAGAGGACGGGAAAGGCAAACGGAAGAACGAAAAAGCGGGCUCAAAACGGAAAAAAUCCUACACUUCAAAGAAAUCUUCCAAGCAGUCACGGAAAUCUCCCGGUGAUGAAGAUGACAAGGACUGCAAAGAGGAAGAAAAUAAGAGCAGUUCGGAUGCCGGGGAGGCAGGCAACGACACGAGAAACACUUCUUCAGACUCGCAGAAAACUAGUGAAGGGACUUAACCAACAUAUUGACUGCUGCUUAUUAAGGGAAGACACAAGAUGAUUACAUGUUUGGUUGUCUAAUAUUCUUGGAUUUGAUAGAAGUCAGCACAUCUGUUCAUCAGCAGCAUCUGUUCGUUUGCACAUUUAUCCACAUUCCUACCCAUCCUGUUUGCCGAAAGCAAUUUCCGACUUCGUUGUGAUUUUCCCCACCCCCUGUGGGGAGGGGACCUCUUCUAUGAACUUCAUUUUAUUUAAUUGCAUAAAGAUGCCAUUUUCCAGCCCAGGAAAUGUGACGUGCAGCAAAAUUGCCAGCGUGCCCACAUUUAGAUGCCUUUUCCAACAAGACGGGGUCACGACUUCAAACCUCAGCCGCUGCAUCUGACCAAGCGGGGUCUGGCUCACGGGAAGCUUAUACCACAAUAAAUUUGUUAGUCCUUAAGGUGCCGCAAGACUCUUUGUUGUUCUGGCUCCAAAUUUUAAAUCAUUCUUGAUAUUUGUCUGCCUUUAUUCGAAAAGAACAAAAAAAAGCUAUAACACACUUGGAAAUAAGUACCCUCUCAUAAAGAGCCUCAAGAAUUCAAUCAACUGACAAACCGUGAUUUUAAAAAUAUAUCUUUUGGGGUUUUUUUUUUAAAUGUGUAAAGGCCAAUGGGCCUUCUGACAGCAUGGAUCCAGCCCCUGAAGCUAUUUUCUGUGACCCUUCUAAAUAGCAGCCCACAAGUGGUAAAACAAAACAAAAUACAACGGCUUGCCCUUUGGUUUCGUUUGUAGGGAAACGAGGGGAACUCAAGUUGUAAGAAAUGGAGACACUCCCUCCUCUCUCUUUCGAUUUUGUAUGCCACGUGUAAAUGUAGAUAUUUGUAUGUAAUGCUAUGCCUGAGAUUGAGCUCUGUGAAGCUGUUAAUACAAAAUAACACCCACUUUAUGAUGGCGUCCACCCAUUCAUGAGAGAGUCAAGUUUCAUGUGCAGCAGAAUUCUUUCUCUCCCGCCCUCUCUCUGUUUGGGGGUUAAAUUGCUCCCCUGCUUCCAACUAAGAAUACAAAAUACGGCCAUCUCCUCUUGAAGAUCUGAUAACAUCUACUCAAGUUGCGAUCCCUGAUCAAAACUCAACAAUGUAAGAAAAUACGUUUCCUUAUUAGAAAUACCUAGCUAGCUAUACUCUUUAAUACUUCUCAAAAUCAUGAUGUAGCGUAAGUUCUCUGACUUAGUUCCUAUAUGUGGAGUUAGUGAAAGUCUUUUGUGUUUCCUUAGAUAAGUACAAGUUUUUACAACACCAACACGAUUUGAGCUUGACACGGAAUUGGGGGGGGGGGGGUUGAGGAUGCCUUCAGGUUUGUUUGUUUUUUUAGCUUAUUGUGAUACGAAAGCCCUAUGGAAAACCAAACCAAAACACCCAUUUUUUUAAAAGAAAGGCUUAGUAAAGAAAAAAAAAUCCUCUCAUAAUUUUUGUUCUUUUUCUCCCCUUCUUUCAAAACUAGAUCUAGACUAGUAAGUAAGCAUUCCAAACUCCAUUAUUCUGUGUACAUUAUUGUUGCUAUUGUGAGAAUAGAGAAUUUUAUUUAUUUUUUAAUGCCAGCUUUUAUUGUGAAAACAUAUGGGUUUAGUCUGGUUUUAUCAACCCUUGUUAUGCUUGUCCUUGGACCAUAUUUCGCGUACUCAAGGUUUGUAGUUGAAAAGUUUACUGUACAAAAAAAAAACAAAAAAAACCCAAAAAAAGUAUUGUUUUUACAGAAUAAAUUUAUUGGAAUGUGUAUCGGGAGUAAGGUUUGAGGUUGUAAGCAGCUAAGUUAGCGUCGUAUUUGGCUUCAUACGUGUAACAAUGUGAGGUAUUCAUGUAACUUGAGUAUUAAAGCAAAGCAUUCUGUUAACACAGAGUUGGCUAUAAUAGAAAACAAA